CACCCUCCCCGUCAGGCGGCUCUGACGUGUCUGCGCCGCGGCGCGGCCCGGCCCGGCCCGGGACAGGAGCGGACAGGGCGGGGCGGGAGGGCUGAGGGAGGGAGGGAGGGGGCCGCCGCCGCCGCCGCCGUUGGAACCGACCGGGCCGCGCCCCGCCAUGUUCAACGUGGAGAGCCUGGAGCGGGCGGAGCUGGGCGAGAGCCUCCUCACCUGGAUCCAGACAUUUAACGUCGAGGCACCAUGCCAGACUGUGGAAGAUUUAACGAGUGGGGUUGUGAUGGCCCAGGUUCUUCAAAAAAUAGAUCCAGCUUACUUUGAUGAAAACUGGCUAAACAGGAUCAAAACAGAAGUAGGAGAUAAUUGGAGGCUAAAGGUAAGCAACCUGAAGAAAAUUUUAAAAGGGAUACUGGAUUACAACCAUGAGAUUCUGGGGCAACAGAUUAAUGACUUCACGCUUCCUGAUGUUAACCUGAUUGGAGAGCAUGCUGAUGCUGCGGAACUUGGAAGAAUGCUUCAGCUUAUUUUGGGAUGUGCUGUGAACUGUGAACAGAAGCAAGAGUAUAUCCAAACCAUAAUGAUGAUGGAAGAAUCGGUUCAACAUGUUGUCAUGACAGCCAUUCAGGAGUUGAUGAGUAAAGAGUCUCCCGUCUCUGUUGGAAAUGAUGCUUACGUUGACCUUGAUCGACAGCUGAAGAAAACUACGGAAGAAUUGAACGAAGCACUGGCAACAAAAGAAGAAAUUGCCCAAAGAUGUCACGAGUUAGAUAUGCAGGUUGCAGCCCUUCAGGAGGAGAAGAGCAGCUUGCUUGCCGAGAACCAGAUUUUGAUGGAACGUUUGAAUCAAUCUGAUUCUAUCGAAGAUCCCAACAGCCCUGCAGGUCGUAGGCACUUGCAGCUGCAGACACAGCUGGAACAACUCCAAGAGGAAACAUUCAGAUUAGAAGCUGCCAAAGAUGACUACAGAAUACGCUGUGAAGAACUAGAAAAGGAGAUUGCUGAAUUGAGACAACAGACAGAAGAACUUACUACAUUAGCAGAAGAGGCUCAGUCUCUGAAGGAUGAGAUAGAUGUACUCAGGCAUUCUUCUGAUAAAGUGGCCAAGUUAGAAAGCCAGGUGGAGUCAUACAAAAAGAAAUUAGAAGACUUGGGUGAUUUGCGGCGGCAAGUGAAACUCUUAGAAGAGAAGAAUACAAUGUACAUGCAAAAUACUGUGAGCCUGGAAGAAGAACUAAGGAAGGCCAAUGCAGCACGCAGUCAGCUGGAGACGUACAAGAGACAGGCAGUUGAACUACAGAACAGGUUAUCUGAAGAAUCCAAGAAAGCUGAUAAAUUAGAUUAUGAAUGCAAACGGCUGAAAGAAAAAGUAGACAGCCUCCAAAAAGAAAAAGAUAGAUUAAGAACAGAAAGAGAUUCUUUGAAAGAAACUAUUGAAGAGCUCAGGUGUGUACAAGCACAGGAGGGUCAACUCACCACUACAGGAUUGAUGCCCCUAGGAACACAAGAACCUUCAGACAGUUUAGCAGCAGAAAUUGUUACUCCUGAAAUAAAGGAGAAACUCAUUCGCCUUCAGCAUGAGAACAAGAUUUUAAAGUUGAACCAAGAAGGUUCUGACAAUGAAAAGAUUGCCUUGUUGCAGAGCCUUCUGGAUGAUGCAAACUUACGGAAGAAUGAAUUGGAGACAGAGAACAGAUUGGUAAAUCAAAGACUCCUGGAAGUGCAAUCCCAGGUUGAAGAACUACAAAAAUCUUUGCAGGAUCAAGGUUCGAAAGCUGAAGAUGCUAUUUCAAUUCUUCUGAAAAAGAAACUUGAAGAACAUCUUGAGAAACUCCAUGAAGCUAAUAACGAGUUACAGAAGAAACGAGCUAUCAUUGAGGAUUUGGAACCAAGAUGCAAUAACAGUUCACUCAAAAUUGAAGAGUUACAAGAAGCCUUACGGAAAAAAGAGGAGGAAAUGAAGCAAAUGGAAGAGCGUUACAAAAAGUAUUUGGAAAAGGCCAAAAGCGUCAUCCGCACCUUAGACCCUAAGCAAAACCAGGGUGCAGCUCCCGAGAUUCAGGCUUUGAAAAAUCAGUUGCAGGAACGAGAUAGAAUGUUUCAUUCAUUGGAGAAAGAAUAUGAAAAAACAAAAAGUCAAAGGGAAAUGGAGGAGAAAUUUAUUGUUAGUGCCUGGUAUAAUAUGGGAAUGACUCUGCAUAAAAAAGCAGCAGAAGACAGACUAGCUAGCACAGGCUCAGGACAGUCCUUCCUGGCUAGACAAAGGCAAGCCACGAGCACAAGGAGAUCGUACCCUGGUCACGUCCAGCCAGCAACUGCAAGUCAUUUGAAGAACUCUUUACUGCUUGCUGUGUGUGAACAGGAGCAAAUAAGCGAAUUUGAUGUUCUCGCUCGAGAGUAGAGCGUUUUAUGUCACCCAGAAAACUCCAUUGUGUCACACUGAAAACUACAUUUUUACUCUAAUCUCACUGCCUUUGUCUGUUAUCAAACUGCCAAAGCCUACUUGUGAAAGAAAGGAACACCAGCACCUUAAUGGGAGGGUUUCCUCUUAAAUUUAUUUAAUAUUUUCAUUUACUGUUGCUAUUAGUUGCAUAUCUAAAAUCACUUGAAUGCAAUCUGCACACUAGAAUAAAACUGCUUGCUUUAAUUAUUGUAACAUUUACUAUUUUGCCUCCAAAGUUCUGAUGACAGACAAAUGCCACUGAUUGUUGGGAGAUGUACAAAUGCUGAUUAGAAGCUUUGUCUUUAGGUUUUCUCAGUCGUGGCUUAUCUCCCCUCCUCUUUCUGGUUGUUGAUUUUUUAUUUUCUGUUCUGUAGGUUCUUCUCUUUCUGUUUGGACUUUCCGUUUUCCCAUAAGACAAGACACUGAAGCGUGUAUUCAACAGAAGCUCAGAGCUUCUGUUGAAUAUAAAAAUCUAAAAAUGUAUUGCAGUCUUAUACAUCUAAAGGGCAUCUCUCUCUAUCCAGUUCCAAGAAGACAUUUUUUUUGACUUCUGUGGUAGCCAACAAAAUGGUAGUCAACUAAAUUUAAUUUUGUCAUUUAGCAUUUUCCUUUGAUUAUCUGUUGCAUACAGCAAUUCUUUUUAGUGCGGUUGGCUCUGAAGAAAUCUCGGUUGUUUUGGAAGUAGCAGCUAUUAAAAAACAAGGGCUGAGAGUGUGACAUGAGGUAAUAAGCACCUGUACAGAGCUAGCCAUGAAUGCUGUCUCUUCUUUGUAUCUUCAGUAAAAGAAUACAGCAAAAAAAAAGCCCUGUAAAACAGAAUUCUCUUAGUACAAUACAUACUUCAAAGAAACUUCUAGGAAGACUUUUUUGGAGGCAACAAAGGCUAUUGACAUCAAAACUGUAGUGACAAUUGCUAAAUUGUAGGCUGUCGUGAUACACUACAGGAAAAAAAAAAAGCCUGCAGACUGGUCUUAAAG